AUACUUGGAGGUUAGAAUUUGAAUUUAAAUAAGAAUUGCAAGCAUUAUUUCUACUUAAAUAAUAAUGAAAAACGUUAAAAACUUUAGAUAAAAGAGAAAUAUAAGCUUAAAUUUGAAUUGUAUCUGAAGAUUUACAAAAUGAAGAAGGAAGAAGUACAAGAUAUUUUUCUUAAAAUCCUAAGAGAAGAAGAAGAUGUUUCUGCUGGAGUAGCAGCCAUUAAAACCUUAUUGACUGUCAUAGAAAAUUAUAAAGUGGCUACAGUACGUGAAUUGGAUCUCAACUUACAGCUGGCCGUGGAUGCGAUGCGCCAUUGUGACCAGCCUGUAACUGCCAUAUCUUCAGGUUGUCAACUGUUCAUGAGAUUUAUUACCUUCGCUAAACUUGACGUUAAGUCAUUUGAAGAAUGUGAACAAAUAAUGCUGCAGCGUGGCCGCAUAUUCUUAGACACAUUAUUAGAAGCCCGAGGAAAAGUUGCCAAACAGGCAUUGCCAUUUAUAAGCGAUGGUUGUAAAAUUCUUACACAUUCUCGAUCAAGAGUGGUACUUCAAGCUAUGUUAGAAGCAGCAAAAGCCAAUAAAAGGUUUCAAGUAUUUGUCACAAUGUCAUGUCCUGAUAACAGCGGAGUACGAAUGCACAAGGAGCUAGUAGCAGCAGGAAUAGAAGCCACACUUAUCCUGGACUCAGCAGUCGGCUAUAUCAUGGAACAAAUGGACAUUGUGAUGAUUGGGGCUGAGGGGGUCACGGAGAGCGGCGGGAUUAUUAAUAAGAUCGGCACAUACUGUCUCGCUAUGUCAGCGUUAGAACUGAAGAAACCUGUCUACGUCCUCACAGAGAGUUUCAAGUUCUCUAGGAUAUAUCCUCUCAACCAGCGGGACGUGCCAAAUGAGUUCAAAUAUUUAUCCAGUGUUCUAAAUUCUGGAAAUUUAUCGAAACAACACCCCCUUGUCGAUUACACCCCGCCGGCGUACAUAACACUACUGUUUACUGACUUGGGUAUACUGACACCAUCCGCUGUCAGUGACGAACUCAUUAAAUUGUAUUUGUAAUAUAUUGUAAUUAUUUAUAAUAUUUUUAUUUGAAAUUCCAUUCCAACGUAGUUUAAUAUCCUAUAGGGUACUAUACUCACCCACAAUAUCAUCUACCCAAGUAUUAUUUUAAGGUAUUUUUGAACGCGUAGGCUUAAAUCCGGGUAAGCACCACUCAGUAUCAGAAUAACGAAAUCAACUCCAACCUUCUUUCUUUUAUUGAUCGCCAACCACGAUUUAUAUCAAGAUUACCAUUUAGGCAAUUCAAUAGA